AUGUCGCGCCCCCUGACUGAGGACCCCGCGACAGCGACAGACACAACCGCAGACGCCAAAGGCUUCUCCUGCUUGGUCUGUCGCCAGCGCAAAAUCAAGUGCGACCGCCAGUCUCCAUGCGCCAACUGCGUCAAGGGAGACACACAAUGUAGCUUCGUCCCGCCGACGCGCGGCAAGCGGAAGAGGACGAAGCCCGCGCGCGAAGGACUGCACGCCAGACUGAGACGGUACGAAGAGAUGCUCAGGGCGUAUGGCGCGAAGAUCGAACCGUCGCUGGACAGUGACGAUGGCUCGGAUAUGGAAUCAUGUGAUAAAUACGAUGCGGCUAUGGUCCACAAAGACAGUGAGCCUCAUGUCGAUGUCGACGUCGACGGCUCCGGUGCUCCUGGAGGACUUGGUCUGGCUAGAACAAAGCUGGUCACGAGAGAAGGCAACUCGAGAUACUUUGACAGCGCCCUCUGGUCCAACUUGGGAGACAAGUUUCAUCAUCCGGACGAAUACGCCCCCGAUGGCGUCUUGGACGAGGCCAGCGUGAGCGAAUGUGCCCUGUUUCUAGGUCCGCUCGACCAAGCAAGCCUUCCUCAUCGCUCCAGCACCUCCAACACCUUCGACCUCGUCGAUUACUUCCCCCCUAUGGAGGUCCUGCGCAAGCUGAAGGAUAUCUACGUGGACCGAAUCGAUCCGGUCAUGAAGUUUCUGCACAUCCCGACAUUCUGGGCCUCGUUGACCAAUGCACUGCAACAUCCACGCGAGACACCCAACAGCCUGACGGCGGCCAUGUUUGGGUUUUGCCUUGCUGCAGUCCGCGCGCUAGAUGACGACGAAUGCCAUCGUCUGCUGGGAGGACCACGACCGGUCAUGCUGACGCGAUAUCGAUCGAUGGCUCGGCAGGCCUUGAUCAAUGCUGGACUCCUGCAAACUUCAAGUCUCAUGACCUUGCGAGCAUUUUCGUUGUUCCUGGUUGGCGUAAGAAUGUGCCUUCGACAUGACACCCAGUUCAUCUUGUCAGGAGUGGCCGUGCGGCUGGCGCUCAAAAUGGGUCUCCACCGCGACGGGGAAUCGCUGGGCCUGUCGCUCUUCGAGACGGAAAUGCGGCGUCGGCUCUGGUGGCACAUUGUGCACAUCGACUUCCGCGCCGCCGACAUGUUGGGUAUGAGACCGUCCCUCGAUCUGACCAUUGGAGACACCAAGAUGCCUCUCAAUGUCGAGGAUGAAGACCUUAGUCCCGACAUGGUCGACCCCCCACCCGAGCGGGAUGGCAUCACCUCGAUUGCCAUGUGCCUCGUCCGGUGUGAUAUCAUGAACUCCCUGCGCAGCCUCGCCUCCCCACUGUCGAAUGGUGUUCACUGGGACAUCCUCACGAGUCCAGACACCACCACGGCCAAGAAGGACAGCGUCAUAAACCAGAUGCAGGAUCUUUGGGAGAGAAAGUAUCUCCGAUACUGCGACCCGUCGAACCCCUUGCAUACCUUUACAUCCGUCAUGAUCCGGUCUGGAAUAUGUAAGAUGAGGCUCCUCGCCCACAGUCCACGACGACGGUUCGCUGGACGACGGGUCAAAAUCCCACAGGCGGAGCGAGACAUUGUCUUUGCCAACGCCGCGAAACUGCUGGAAUACGCCGUCUUGGUGUUUGGCAACCAGGCACUGCAAAAGUACGCGUGGCGCAUCAGCACGAGCUAUCUCUGGGACACAAUGCUCUGCGUCCUCAUCGAGGCGCGACAUCGCAAGCCAGGACCCGAGCUUGAUCGCCUGUGGCAGCUGAUUGGCGUGGUGAUUUCGCAGAAAUCCGAGGCCUUCAAGGAAUCCACGGGCCCAGUGUACCUGGCACUGAGUAAAUGGACCCUGGAGGUCUGGGACGACCAUGUCGCCACCGCGAGAUCAGAGGGUCUCCCGGAGCCAGUGACGCCCGAGUACAUUACGGCGAUGCGCCAAAGUUUCAGGGCGUCCAGACAGAGUUCUGGUCGGCGGCCGAGUGAUCAGGACUUUGCCAGCCUGGGAAAUUUUCAGGCUGGAAACCAGGGUGGUGGUUAUCUGCUCGAGUCUGAUACCCUUGACUAUAACUUCCCCGAUCUCGUUUCAUUUGAGAUGGACCCGAACGAGUGGACGCAAUGGGAGCAGCUGCUUUCGGGACAUUUUGGCUUCGGUCAGAUGGAGGACUUGUAA